UUCAUAAUGAUCGAAAAUAACGUGCAUGCAUUAAAUUUAAAUAAUUUUUAUGGCGACGAAAUAUUUAUUGGAGAAAAAGAUCCAGGAUUUCAAGUGGAAAGUCUUAUCAUACCACAUCACUAUAAAAAGUUAUUGCAACAUGUAAUGAUUCCAUAUGGCCUUGUAAAUGAUCGGAUUGAAAAGUUAGCACUAGAUAUUGUCAAUACCUAUGAAAGUGAGUCACUAAUGCCAAUAUGUGUUCUUAAAGGAUCAUUCCAAUUUUUUAAUAGUCUUAUUCAAAAAAUACAAAUGAUUUCAAGUUUUAGGGCUGUCAGCUUGCCUAUUGCUUUUCAUUUUAUACGUGCAAAAUCGUAUACAGGUAUGGUGAGGGCAAAUAAAAUAGAAAUUACUGGAUUAGAUAAUAUGGAUGAUAUUGAAAAUAAAAACGUUUUAAUAGUUGAAGAUAUUGUAGACUCGGGCAGCACUUUGAACAAAUUGAUGGAAACGUUCAAGUUACACAAACCAAAAAGCAUCAAAGUAGCGAGUUUACUGUACAAACGUAACAUGGCAAAUCAGUACCCAUACAAGCCCGAAUAUAUAGGCUUCAAUAUUCCGAAUAAAUUUGUUGUUGGGUACGGCUUAGAUUAUCAUCAAUAUUUCAGGGAUUUAAAUCACAUAUGCGUGAUAAACGAACUUGGAAUUCAACAGUAUCAAGAAAAAGAUGGCCACAUAUCGAAUGAGAACACAUCCGUAGAGGCCUAAACGUCUCACUAAUAUCUUCUUUUUUUUUAUAAAAUAGAAAAUGAAUUUGUGCAUGAUUUUCUAAAUAAAUAAAUUAUAUCUCAUUUUUAUCAACUAUCAAAUUGUAUAGGUCACAUUUUAAUAUAACUCAUAGGUAGUUUAUUACUUUUUUUGUCACUAUUAAAUAUAUAAUUUUUUUUCACAAUUUACCUUUUCAUUUUAAAGAUAUUUUUAAUUAUCACAUUUUAAAGAAAAUAUGUUUUCAAUUUUUUAUUAGAAUUUUAAAUAGGAUUCUUGAAUAAAUUAUUCGCAUUUCAUUCCUACUUUUUAACAUUACAUUGCUAAUGCGUUUAUUAUAUGACUACGAUAACGCAUAUUUAAAAAAUACUCAUCUCACCUUUUUGCAUUUAUGAUUUUAAAUUACACCUUUUUCACUUUAUAAUUUAUAUCAUUUUUUUGUGACUAUCAAUGAGUAUCUGGUUCCUUAUUCA